AUGGCGGCACCGGAUAUGGCGGCUCCAGUCUUGGUCACCCCGAAGAAAAAAGGAUCUAAGAGGGCGGCCCCAGAUAUCACAGGUUUGUGGGAGGCUUGGGAAGAUCAUCCUAUCAUUCGGAAAGGUGCUCGCAAGCGAAAGAGCCUUUUGGUUUGGCCCGACCCAUCCAAGACCGGGCUCAUUAACAAGGCAAGCCUCAAAUGCAAUUGGAGGGUGGUCUUGGCUUUGGUGCGAAUCUACUGUCCUACAGUUGCUUCAGAUGCUCCUAACAAGACCGCUCCCGUUGCUGCACUGAAGAAGCAGGUGGCAAGCUUCUUCAAUGACAUCAGCAUCACGCCUCGGAGGGGCUUGGUGCAUGGCGAAUCUCACAGCCUGAAGAUGUUUCUGAGCUACCUGAACAGACGAAACGACGGCGCACGCAGGAAUGAUAACAGCCUCUCUGCAAUUUGGGACGAGCUGGAGAAGCAUUGGGCCCCGAAGGUUCGUUCACGCAGGAACCUCCAGGUCUCAGGUGAUGGUGAGAACGAUGAUCAGGAAGAGGAGGAGGACGAGGAGGAUGCAUGUGAGGAAGAGGCAACCUUAACCGAGCCCGAGGAUGAUGAUGAUCGUUUCGAAAAGGUUGACCCCUACCUAGCCGAAGCCAUGGGUUUGGAGGCCGGGUCACCUCCUCCACCCUCGGCCUAUGUGGGCACGAUUGCAUAUGAGUUGAAUGAUGAAGCAGGGCUCCCGAUCCCCUACGAUAUCGCAUCCCUGAAACCUCCGGCCGAUGAUGACUGCGAAGUUGAUCUUGUGCGCCAACUUGCUGAGAUCGAGCAUCUUUGCUAA